UUUACUUUAGAAUUCCCAAUCUUUCACAAGUAUCUUCAACCAUUCUCAGCUCGUUUUCAUCAUCUGGAUUUCUAGGGUUUCUGUUUUUCUUCCUUAAAUUUCCAAUUUCCGAAGGUCUUCUCUCUUUCUGCCAGUACGUGACACACACAGAGAAGAAGAGAAAAUCAGUCUCCUGGUAGAUGCUCUGAGUCAAGAAAUGUAUUCUUCAAGGGGAAGUGGCUACGGGCAACAGCAGUACGGUUCUCAAUCGGGAUAUGGUCAGAAUCUUGGAUCUGGUUAUCCUGGAAGUUCAGUCAGCGGUGGAGAAGGAGGAUCUCAGGUUUCGUUGAGUUCUCGGCAUCCAUCAAUUUCAGGUGCACCUCAAGAGACUGAGAUUGGUGGAUACAGAUCCCACUUAUCGACAACCAGUCAUUAUGGAACACAAUAUGGCUCUGUGUAUGGAUCAACUUCUCUUAGCAGCUCUCAGCCCUUAAGUACCAAAGGUGUCGGCUCAUCAGUCUUGGACAGCCGCUCGGGAUAUGUUCCCACCCUACCAGAUUCACCAAAGUUUGCGUCUGGAAGCUAUCUGUCUCCUUCGAAACACGGUUAUGGCCAAAAGGGGGAUGAUUUGUAUUCAGAUAAGCUGUCUGGUUACGUCCCUGUUGACAGAAGGCAGUAUGGUGAACGGUCAAGCGCCUAUCUCGGUAGGGAGUUGCAAAAUGAACCAACUGCUCGAUAUGCUGAUUCAUCUAGUUUUGGUCGUCAGACUGAUUUGUAUGAUCGCAUUGAUCAAGCAUCACUCCUCCGGGGAGAACAAUUAUUAAAGAUUCAGUCACUCCAUACCUCUUCUGUUGAUGGAGGUGUCAGACAACCCGAUUAUCUUACAGAACGAAGUUCUACUAUACGCCAUUCUGACCAAGAAGCUAUGCAUUAUGGAGGAAGGCUCGAGUCUGAUCCUCACGGGCUAUCAGUACACGGGACAUCUUCUUAUGCUAGCCAACAUACCCCAUCGUUAUUAGGAGCUGUUCCUCGACGAAACUUAGAUGAAUAUAUGUAUUCGGAGAAUUCAUCAAAUCCUGGUUAUGGCGUUAGCUUACCUCCUGGUAGGGAUUAUGGCACUGGGAAAGGAAUCCAUAGUGCAGCAUCUCUUGACUUGGACUACCCUGGUGGUAUGCUGGCUCGUGGUGGUGGUGGUCCUCGUGUUGAUGAUCUCCGAAAAGAUGACCGGGCAAGUUAUCUCAGGGAGUUUGAACUAAGGGAAGAAGAGCGUCGCCGAGAGAAUCUGCGUGCCAGAGAUAAGGAGCGAGAACGAGAAAGGGAACGCGAACGAGAUAGAGAACGAGAGCGGCAGAGGGAUCGAGAAAGGCAAAGAGCUAGGGACAGGGAGAGGGAACGCAUAAUUGAGCGACGGGAGAAGGAAAGAGAAGAAGAAAGAGAUCGUGAGCGUAAACGUGCUCUCGAAACAAAACGUGAUCGGACUCCAACAGCAAGAGCUAUGUCCAGGGACCCAAAAGAGCGGACUCCAGUGCCAAAAGCUAUAUCUAGGGAUGCACGUAGUUCCUCUUUGCGGCGGGAUACCCAACAGCGUGAAUCAUCAAUUAGGCGUCCUUCACCGAUUAAGCCAAUAAGGAGAGAUUAUGUAUGCAAGGUUUUAUCCUCACGAUUGGUUGAAAUGGAGAGGGAUUAUGUGACAUUAGACAAAAAAUAUCCUAGGCUUUUUGUGCCUUCCGAGUUUUCCAAGGUUGUAGUGAACUGGCCUAAACAAAAGCUUACACUUUCGAUGCAUACUGCUGUGAGUUUUGAGCAUGAUUACAUUGAAGAUGGUGGAGUUGAUGUGAAAAAUACUCCCACAAAGUCUUUAGCUGUGAAAGCUGGAGGAAAGACUGUUUGGAAUGCUAAGAUGAUUUUGAUGAGUGGGCUGAGCAGGACUGCUCUGGAAGAUCUUUCUUCAGAGAAAUUAUUUGAAGACCGGAUACCUCAUAUAUGCAACAUAUUAAAGUUUGCUGUUCUUAAAAAAGAUCAUUCUUUCAUGGCGACUGGUGGUCGCUGGGAUCCCACAGAUGGCAUGGACCCAUCAGUUGAUCAGUCUUCCUUGAUUCAAACGAUGCUGAGACACACAAAGGAUAAGCUUCAUCUUGAUCUAAGCAACUGUCGUCAUUGGAAUCCAUUUCUCGAGAUACAUUAUGACCGAGUUGGUGCGGAUGGAGUUUCUAGCUAUAAAGAGAUCACUGUACUAUUUGUCCCCGAUUUAUCGGAAUGUCUUCCUUCAUUUGACGCUUGGAGAAACCAAUGGUUGGCCCACAGGAAAGCUCUUGCCGAGAGAGAUCGACUACUUUCUCAGGAGGUUAAGAAAGCUGUCAUUGUGGGAAAGGGCAGUGAUGAUUCAGUUGAAGUAGCGAAGGAUGCUGAGAAAAAAACCCCAGGAGACCCUUCCGGCGCUCCGACAACUGGAACUAAGAAGAUGGUCAAAAAGAUUAUCAAAAGAGUUGUUAAAAGGCCUGUCAACGACGGAAAGGCGACUGAUAAGAAAGAUGAGAAGUCGGAUGAGAAGGAUGUUGCUGAAAAGGUUGCCACAUCGGAGACCUCAGUCCCAAAAGAAGAAUCCACCGGUACAUCUUCUAAAAAAAAAGUAGUGAAAAAGGUAGUAGCGAGACCUACGCAGAAUGAAGAGAAGGGCUCAGAUGUUAUGGCUGGAGCUCAAACAGGUGAUAAGCCAGGUGAGAGCUCAGAUCCUAGUGCUAAAGCUAAUGAGCAGACUCCUUCAAAGACAAUUGUAAAGAAAAAAAUUAUUAAAAGGGUGGCUAAAAGAAAGGUUGCUGACGUAGACAAUAACAUGGACGGUGACUCGAAGAAAGAUGGGGACAGUGAUGAGAAAAAGGUAGUGGAUGCAGGCAAGAAAACCUCUGAUUCAGGUAGUAUGGAGAUGAAAUCUACAGAGGAAAAGAAAGAAGAGAGUGCCUCCAAAACUGUGGAAAUAAAACAAAAUGUUGGAUCUCCGGAUUCUGAGAAAAAGGAGGGUGCCUCUAGUUCGACAAAGAAAGACAAUAAGACUGGUGAAAAUAAGAAGGCUGAUAAGAAAAACAACUCAGAGACUCAGUCUGAGGGGAAAAAAGUUGAUGAGAUAAAGGCAAAAGAAAAACUAACCGAUAAAGAGAUUAAAGAGAGAGGUGGAAAAGAUGAGUCCAGAAUACAAGUUAAGGACAGGAGAAAGUCUGAGGAACCUCCUCGGCCAGGAUUUAUUUUACAAUUGAAACGGAACAAAGACUCUAAACAGUUGCGUUCAAUUUCUGUUUCCCUGGACUCGCUCUUGGAUUACACUGACAAGGACAUUGAUGAGUCAUCAUUUGAGCUUUCAUUGUUUGCGGAAUCGCUGUUUGAGAUGCUGCAGUAUCAAAUGGGUACCCGUAUCUUAGAAUUUCUCAAGAAAUUACGUGUAAGAUUUGUGAGACAAAGAAAUCAACGGAAGAGGCAUCAAGAAGAGUUAGCUGUCAAGCAAAAGGAAGCAGAAACACAAAACAAGCGUCAAAAGAUUGUUGAACAUAAUGACAAGGAAACCUCUAUUAUAACUGAAUCUGCUCCUCAGAAGGAUGAUAAGGAAAAGUCAGCUGUAGACGGUACUCGGGAAAUUUCGGAUAAGGAAGCUGUACCGAACUCUGAAGAAACCUUAGGCAGUAAAAAAAGUACUGAUGAAGCUGCUAAUAUGGAAGUGGAUAACCAGGAUGAGCCGGUUAACGAGGAUGAGACGGAUGACGAUGUUGAUGAAGACCCAGAGGAAGAUCCUGAAGAGGAUCCUGAAGAAGACCCUGAAGAAGACCCUGAAGAAUGCGAGGAAACGGAUGAUGCAAAUCCUGAGCAAAUAGACGACCCUGCUGAAGAGCCGCUGAAGAAUGAAGAAAACAGUGAGAAGACUAGUGGCACUGUUGCUGAUCCUAUAACUGAAGUCGCAACUGAUAGAAAAGAAGAAAAAGUUUCUAUUGACGAGAAGACUGAUUCCAAAUCUGUUGAGAUCAAACCCAAGUCUGAGUCAGACAAGCACGGGAAGCAAGAGGGAGGAACGUCGGAUGCACCAAAAAGAGAAGAAACGGUUGAUAAAGAGUUGUUGCAGGCUUUCAGAUUUUUUGACCGUAACCAAACAGGCUAUGUUAGGGUUGAAGAUAUGAGAAUAACUAUCCACAGCUUGGGAAAGUUUCUAUCUCACCGAGAAGUCAAGGAACUUGUGCAGAGUGCUUUGUUAGAGAGCAACACAGGAAGAGAUGAUCGGAUUCUAUACAAUAAGCUUGUUAGGUUGUCUUUGUAGAAGAUACUGAUUGAUAAUGUUCGUCUUGUUUGUUAGUGAUUUACUCUUUGGAGCUUCCUACGAAAUGAUUUUUGUUUUCUUAAUUUAUUUUGACUAUUGUGCAAUAAAGAAGUAAUCCUACCAUUCAAAAAUCAACAAUUAAUUUUUUAUCUUU